AUGGAGGAGGAGGAGGAGGAGGAGGAGGCGCACGCGGAGGCAGUGGCCCGCUGGCAGGCCGGCCUGGCGCGACUCGUCAGGGACCCGCUCCUCUGCGACCUCCCGGCGCAGGUGACCCCCGAGGAGAUCGGCUCGCAGGUGGCGCUCGAGUACGGCCAGGCGAUGACGGUGCGCGUGCGCAGAGUCGACGCACCCGAGGCACCCAUGCCCGUGGUGGUGGUGCAGAGCGCGAGCGUGCUGGAGCUCAAGAAGGCGCUGCGGCGGUUCGUGCAGCUGCGGCAGGAGCGCCAGGGCGGCGCGCGGCACAUCAGCUGGAGGCACGUCUGGCGGACCUACAGCCUGACCUUCGGCGGAGAGAAGCUGGCGGACGACCGCAAGAAGCUGCGGGAGUACGGGAUUCGCAACCGGGAUGAAGUCAGUUUCGUGAAAAGGCUCCGGCAAUGAACUCCCAGGCAACCAUCCUGGUGCUCUUUGGGAAUUUGUCUGAGCCCCUUCUGAGUGAACCUCUUAAAAAGGCUCUGUAGGAGGGAACAGGGAAGAAGCCGCUUCAGAUCUGCUUUGUUUCAGAGUAACCCCCAGAAUUGGUGUUCAGUUCUGCACAUAUGGAACAGCUGCCUGUGCGGUGACUGGGAAUCCAUAUUUUAAAAAGUGCUGGAUCUUUUUCUGAAGAUAUCAGUGAAUCUGAAGCCAGUAACAGCCAGCCAGUAACAUUAAAAAAUUUUAAAUUAUAAUAAAGUAUGCUGAAAGUUUUUUCUGUAAUUAAAUUACCAUCCAUCCAGUUACACAGAGAAAGAGAGAGAGAGACAGAGGUUACUUCUGCACUCAGUUGUGUAGUAUAUAGCAUCAGUCGAAUGUGAAUCUACAACUGAUAUGGGCAAUUGUCAUUUUUCUUAGUACUUGAUUUCAUGACAUCAGGUUAUUGUCAAUUCUUAGUGACCAUAUAGAUUUUCUUCAUGAUGACCUGUCAUCUUCAUUAGUUGCUGCUCCCUCUGCACACAGCUACACAUUC